AUGACCAACAGGAAAACCACUCUGCCACACUCUUCAACCUCAAAGCAACCAACAACCUUGGAGGAUCAGGAAACCACUCUGCACCAACAACUUGCCACAUCAACCAACAACAAACCAACAACCAACAACCUUGGACGCAACAAACCUUGGAGGAGCAGAAAACCACUCUGCCACCAACAACCUUGCCGCCAACAACCACCAAACCAAACAACACACAACAACCUUGGAGGAAACCACUCUUCCACCAACAACCUUUCAACAACCAACAACCACAACCUUGGAGGAUCAGGAAACCACUCUGAAACCACUCUGCCACCAACAGCCUUGCCACCAUCAACCACAGGGUUAGAAAUAGCAACUGAAACGCAACCAAAUACUGGGACACCAACCACCACAGAAUCACCAGACACUUUAUCGGCUUUGGAGAAAAGACGAGCAGAGUUGCUUCAGGAAAUCGAAGCCCUGGAAAACCAAAUUGCUGCCACCAACGCCUCCGUCGCUGCUCUCCAGGAAAUGCAAGCGGCCCUGCAGGAGGUCACCGAAGCCAUCGAGGAAGCCACAAGCAACUCCGGAAGGAAGCGACGCUCGCUCACUUACUCCAUCAACCACGGCGACGACGCCGUCACGGUCGACCCCUACUGCGAGGUCAACGAAGCCGAUGCCUUGACGGGCGAUCCGGCAGAAGUGCUUCUCACGAUGGUCGACGAUCUCUCUGCUAAGAUGUCCAAUCUCACGACCGACCAAAUCAGCUGCUUCAGUCAGCUCCUCAGUAAUUUUGCAACAUUCAUAGCGAACGGAACUUUCGUUAUUGACUCCAGCUUGUUAGAUAACAUCACAGCUGCUGUUGAGGAUGCAAGCAGCGUCGCGGGAGACCAAAUUCAGUCUUUGCAAUCACUCAUUAGCAGCUUGCAAGCACAAAAAGAAAACGCGACAGCGGAGCUUGCACUACUCGACAGUCAACUGGUAUCAACAGAAUUACCGACUACCCCAGAGACAACCAAACCAACAACCAGUGUGCUGCCAACAACCACUGAGUCAGCAACCCCUCUGCCACCAACAACCACUGAGCCGCCAACAACCUCUCAACCCCCAACAACUACCACUGAACUUACAGAAGAACCCACAACCAAAUUACCAGAUAUUCCUGAUUUAUCAAAACGCCAAAAGGCUAGAAAGGUUGGUUUUCCAGAGAGGUAUCAGUGCGUCUGGGUUUUCCAGGGUAAGGUAUGA